GGAUCGUGUGCGCGACCGUGUCUGUCAUCGUCCGGAGACGGAGAGCCUCCCCAGCCCGGGUCGACCAUCCCACCGCACCGAGGGCUCUAAUGAAAAUGGACUCAGACUUGCUCCACUCGCCGGCCGUGGGCCUCGCCGAGGAAGAGGAGGCCGACAUGAACGACUGGAAGCUUCCCCUGGCCUUCAUGAAGAAGAGGCACUCGGAGAAGAUCGAGGGCUCCAAGGCCUUGGCGCAGAGCUGGAGGAUGAAGGACAGGAUGAAGACGGUGAGCGUCGCCCUGGUGUUGUGCCUCAACGUGGGAGUCGACCCCCCGGACGUGGUCAAGACGUCGCCCUGCGCCCGACUCGAGUGUUGGAUCGAUCCUCUGUCCAUGAGUCCACAGAAGGCCCUGGAGACCAUCGGGGCAAACCUGCAGAAGCAGUACGAGAACUGGCAGCCCAGGGCGCGCUACAAGCAGAGCCUGGACCCCACGGUGGACGAGGUGAAGAAGCUCUGCACGUCGCUGAGACGCAACGCCAAAGAGGAGCGAGUCCUCUUCCACUACAACGGCCACGGCGUGCCGCGGCCCACCGUCAACGGCGAGAUCUGGGUCUUCAACAAGAACUACACCCAGUACAUCCCGCUGUCCAUCUACGACCUGCAGACGUGGAUGGGGAGUCCGUCCAUCUUCGUGUACGACUGCUCCAACGCGGGAAUCAUCGUCAAGUCCUUCAAGCAGUUCGCCCUGCAGAGGGAGCAGGAGCUGGAGGUGGCGGCCAUCAAUCCCAGCCACCCUCUGGCCCAGAUGCCGCUGCCUCCCUCCAUGAAGAACUGCAUCCAGCUGGCGGCCUGCGAGGCCAGCGAGCUGCUGCCAAUGAACCCGGACCUCCCGGCGGACCUGUUCACCUCCUGCCUCACCACGCCCAUCAAGAUCGCCCUGCGAUGGUUUUGUAUGCAGAAGAGCGCCAAGCUGGUGCCGGGGGUGACGUUAGACCUCAUCGAGAAGAUCCCCGGCAGGCUCAACGACAGACGGACGCCCCUCGGAGAGCUCAACUGGAUCUUCACCGCCAUCACCGACACCAUCGCCUGGAACGUGCUGCCCAGAGAUCUGUUCCAGAAGCUGUUCCGUCAGGACCUGCUGGUGGCCAGCUUGUUCCGUAACUUCCUGCUGGCCGAGAGGAUCAUGCGGUCGUACAACUGCACGCCGGUCAGCAGCCCGCGCCUGCCGCCGACGUACAUGCACGCCAUGUGGCAGGCGUGGGACCUGGCCGUGGACAUCUGCCUCUCUCAGCUGCCCACCAUCAUCGAGGAGGGCACCGCCUUCAGACACAGUCCUUUCUUCGCCGAGCAGCUGACGGCGUUCCAGGUGUGGCUGACGAUGGGCGUGGAGAACAGGAACCCCCCCGAGCAGCUGCCCAUCGUCCUGCAGGUGCUGCUCAGCCAGGUGCACCGGCUACGGGCGCUGGACCUGCUCGGACGCUUCCUGGACCUGGGCCCGUGGGCCGUCAGCCUGGCUCUUUCCGUAGGAAUCUUCCCGUACGUCCUGAAGCUGCUGCAGAGUUCAGCCCGAGAGCUUCGGCCGCUGCUGGUCUUCAUCUGGGCCAAGAUCCUCGCCGUGGACAGCGAGCUCGUGGUGGCUCUGAGUCACCUGGUGGUUCAGUACGAGAGCAACUUCUGCACAGUCGCCCUCCAGUUCAUAGAAGAGGAGAAGAACUACUCGGUGCCGUCGCCGGCCAACACUGCAGAACCCGGUAACUUGACUCCGGUGAGGGACAGCCCGGCCAUCCCUCGGCUCCGAUCCGUCAACUCCUACACCAACAUCCGAGCCGCUACGACCGCAAGGAACCUGAACAAAAGCCUGCAGAACCUCAACCUCAACGAAGAAGGUGGACCGGCGGCCUUCUCUCCGGGCAACUUGAGCACCAGCAGCAGCGCCAGCAGCACCUUGGGGAGCCCCGACAACGACGAGUACAUCCUGUCCUUCGAGACCAUCGACAAGAUGCGACGGGUUUCCUCGUACUCGUCCCUCAACUCCCUCAUAGGUGUUUCCUUCAACAGCGUUUACACUCAGAUCUGGAGAGUUCUGCUGCACCUGGCCGCAGAUCCGUUUCCUGAAGUGUCCGACUUGGCCAUGAAGGUCCUCAACAGCAUCGCGUACAAAGCGACCAUGAACGCCAGACCUCAGAGGAUCCUGGACUCGGGAUCGCUCACGCAGUCGGCGCCGGCCAGCCCCACCAGCAAGGGCACGCACAUCCACCAGGCCGGCGGUUCUCCUCCCAUGCCCAGCACCAGCAGCUCCAGCCUGACCAACGACGUUCCCAAACCGCCCACCAGAGAGCAGCCGGCCUCGCGGCCUCCGUACACCCCGACCCUGGGAGGACAGGCGCCCCACUCCCACCAGUUCCCCCGAACCCGCAAGAUGUUCGACAAGGGCCCGGAGCAGGCGGCCGAGGACGGCGACGAGCCCGGCGCUCACAGGAACUACAUCAGCGCCGCGCUGCAGACGGGCCUCUGCGACUGGAGCGCCAAGUACUUCGCUCAGCCCGUCAUGAAGAUCCCGGAGGAGCACGACCUGGAGAGCCAGGUGAGGAUGGAGCGGCAGUGGAGGUUUCUGAGGAACGCUCGCGUGAGACGGCAGAGUCGGAGCAUCACGCAGAGAGGUGUCUCCCGUCUGGACGACCAGAUCUUCAUCAACCGAAACCCCGGAGUGCCGUCCGUCGUCAAGUUCCACCCGUUCAACACCUGCAUCGCCGUGGCCGACAAGGACAGCAUCUGCUUCUGGGACUGGGAGAAGGGCGAGCGGCUGGACUACUUCUACAACGGCAACCCCCGCUACACCCGCAUCACCUCCAUGGAGUACCUGAACGGACACGACUGCUCGCUGCUGCUCACCGCCACAGAUGACGGAGCGCUGCGGAUCUGGAAGAACUUCGCCGACCAGAAGAACCCGGAGAUGGUGACGGCGUGGCAGGGCCUGUCCGACAUGCUGCCCACCACCCGAGGAGCCGGGAUGGUGGUGGACUGGGAGCAGGAGACCGGACUCCUCAUGACCUCCGGAGACGUUCGGGUCAUCAGGAUCUGGGACACCGACCGAGAGAUGAAGGUCCAGGACAUCCCGACCGGAGCCGACAGCUGCGUGACCAGCUUGUCCUGCGACUCCCAGCGCUCGCUCAUCGUGGCCGGCCUCGGCGACGGAUCGGUCCGCGUCUUCGACCGCCGGAUGGGCCCCAACGAAUGUCGCGUGAUGACCUACAGGGAGCACGGCGCCUGGGUGGUCAAAGCUCACCUCCAGAAGGAGACGGACGGACACAUCAUCAGCGUCAGCGUCAACGGAGACGUGCGGUUCUUCGAGCCGCGGACGCCGGACUCCGUCAACGUGCUGCAGACGGUCAAAGGCCUGACGGCGCUGGACAUCCACCCGCAGGCCAACCUGUUCGCCUGCGGAUCCAUGAACCAGUUCAUCGCCGUCUACAACGCCAACGGCGACGUCAUCAGCAACAUAAAGUACUACGACGGCUUCAUGGGCCAGCGGAUCGGCGCCAUCAGCUGUUUAGCCUUCCAUCCUCACUGGCCUCACCUGGCGGUCGGCAGCAACGACUACUACAUGUCCAUCUAUUCAGCAGAGAAGAGGCUCAGAUAACACACCAGCAUCCAUCACCUCCUCCUCCUCCUCCUCCUCCUCCUCCUCCAGCCCCACCAACACUUCUGACCCUGAGCCUCGAGCACCGGGAUGUAAAUGAUGUUUUUUUUGUUGUACAUAUGCAAUUACCACCCUGAAUGUUCUAGUGAUGGCUGCUGACAAAAACUCUGCUACGAACGACUCUAUAUAUAUAUAUACAUACAUAUAUAUAUAUAUAUAUAAUAUUAUCAUUGUUUAUUCAUAUUCUUAUUAUGAAGCUAAUGAUUGUAGACUUGGCUGUGCUGAGAAGUGUGUAUAUUUAAAUAUCAUAUACAGAAGAAGAAGAAGAGAGGUUCUAUUUUAAAGACCCACCGAUCGCCGGGGCUUCCCCGCGGCGAGCAUCACUACCUGAACCAGAUGUGACCAGAUGUGGCGAGAGACGGACUGUGGCCACCCACGAGGACAGAACACAAAAACAAACAAACAAACAAAAAAAAACAAACCACUGUUGAAACACAUUCACUGGUGCAGGAAACACAGACUUCACCUCUCCGCUGGACCCCCGGUGUGUUCGGAAAGUUCCUCGUGACGGCCGUUACCGCGCCCAGAGACGGCGGACUGUGCUUGUUGUUGCCUGAAAUCAGUGAUGAAGCUUUUGUUUUUUCUUUUUUUUUUUUUUCGUGUGUAUAACUGGAUUAUAGCACAGAUGUUCCCCCACGGCGGGCCUCCGCAGCCUUGGACCGAACCGAUGCCCAAAAACAGACACCUGCUCUUGCCUCCUCUCUCGCUUCCCUGAACCCGGCGUGCCAAACGUGAUCAUGAUUUCCCCGCAAGGCCUCUUAUUUGUUGUGGCUCCGAGGGGCGUUUCUGUUGAUUUGUUUUUUUUGGGGGGGAAACCUGCAUCGCCAGAGACCUGCCUACCUGCCCUGCAAAGCAAUAAGAUCCAGCAUCGAGCUCCUCCCGGCGCUUCCGUUAGAAGACGAUAGCAGCAUCACAGCAAUACUGACACGUACAUCCACUGCAGCGCGACCCGUCUGAGUGGUUUUACCCCGAUCAGCGACAGAGCUGCUGAUCAAUCACCUGUUUGCUCGUUUUCUUAUCAUCUUCGUAAAAAGAAGCUUAUUCACCGCAGCUUCAAACCCCUCCUUAGCAAGGUUUCCGUUGAGUUUUUAGUUCGGUUUUAUCGUCCGACUUGUUUCUUCUGGAGCCGGAGGCGUGAAGUGCGUCGCAUGUCGAGGGACGAAGUGUCGGGUUUCAGUCCUCGCUCAGGUAUUUCGUGAGCUGCCUCCAAAAUAAAAAGCCCGCCUCCCUCCAGAGAUCGUGUAAAUUAUUGCCGUGUUUGUCGUCGCGGUGCCGUUUGUUGAAGGCGCCUCUUUAAGUAGAAGGAAAGUUUUGAAUUUUUUGUGUAUUUCUUUUGUCCAGUAUCACCAACGACGUGCCUCCUCUCUGAGGCUGCUGCUUUGCCUUCUUAGCUCUUUUUUUUUUCUUAAAUACUUUUUCUGUUGUUGUAUUUUUAUGUUUUUAAUUCUUCAUGUAUUUUGUUUGCCUUUGGCCUCAGUGAUGUGGAAGGAAAAGACAGCUUUUCACGAUCAUGCCGCACUUUUUUCCUGCUAUGUCUUUUCCCGCCAUUUUUUUCCCGCCGUUUCUUCUCCCGCCAUUUCUUCUCCCGCCAAGCCCUCCUCGCCCCUCAGCCGUCACAAGCUUCGCUUUUAUCCCGCCGAAACUGAACAUAAACUGGGUAAACACACACCGUGCAGCCUGUAUAACCGGUCACCACAUCCGUUCCCACCGUCACUGAGCUCUCCGUGGUUUAUCGCGGGGCCUUGAACGCCUCGCCGGCUCGGCCUAAAAACGUGCUUUUUUUUUUCUUUUCUUUUUUUUUUUGGCACCCUGAGCUCAGAACCACCUUCAUCUCUAAGUAUCCUGCUUUGAGUUUUAAGAUUUUUAGAUCUGGAGAAAAAGACUUUAACACAGUAGUAAGAAAGGAAAAAAAAAAAACAAUCAGAUUUGUCUCUGUGACUGUAGACUGCUUUGCUGGCUGUGGUUUAUAAGACAGGAGACGAAAUCAGUGAAAUAAACCAAAUACAACACCGGA